AUGAAAAAUAUUAUUACCGCUGUGGAAAACCAAACGAAGAAGUCACUCGAAAGUUUAAAAGCAAAAAGAAGUGCGAUUCAGCAACAGAUAAAUGCCACCGAAUCAUCACUGAAGGAAGCUGAUAAACUAUUAAAACGAAGUACCACCGCGGAAGUUGUUCAACUUAAAAAAUCAUUACAGACAAUCUUCCAUGGAUUGAAUCAAACCGAGCCUAUUGUUUAUGACCCCAGUAGUCUAAAAACGUUUGGUUUCGUGAAAAAUCAGAAGAUGCUUGAUGUCGUCAACGAGGAAGACAUUGGAUUCUUGAAAGAACCUUCUCAAACAAAAGCAAGUGAAUCACUGGCUGAAGGUGAUGGACUGAAAGAAGGAACAGUAGCGCGUAAAGCUCAAUUCAAUUUGAUCACAAAAAGCGCAGAGAGAAAGCAGUGGUAUGAUGAAGUGGACCAUGUCACGGUAGAGAUCAAGGACGAACAAGAACGAGAAUGCGUGAACCAAGUGAAAAUAGAUGAUAACAAAAAUGGAAUCUACAAAAUCACUUAUUUUCCCAUAGUUCAGGGGGCAUUCAAAUUAUUAGUCAAGGUAAACGGGGAACAUAUUUCUUGUAGUCCUUUUACUGUGAUUUUAAAACCAUUUCAAGUCAAACCCGUUUUAUCUUUUGGAAAGGGUGGUUCGGGUGAUGGAAUGUUUCAGCUUCCUGUGGGGGUGGCAGUGAAUGAUAGGGACGAAAUAGUAGUAACUGACUGUGUGAACCAUCGGGUUCAAGUGUUUGACAGUAAUGGUACUUUCUUAAGAUCCUUUGGCCGCAAAGGUGAAAACGAUGGAGAGUUCAACUACCCUGUUGGAAUAGCCAUUAAUAAGGAUAGACAAAUUUUCGUAGCAGACCGUGAUAACCACAAAAUACAGAUCUUUAGCUGGGAGGGGAGGCACCUGGGUUCAUUUGGCGGCCAAGGAAGACUUGAUAGUCAGCUCUCUGAACCUCGGGGUUUAUCCUUAGAUAGUACUGGUAAUGUUAUUGUUGCUGAUCCAGGUAACAAACUGAUUAAGAUCUUUACCCCGGAUGGUAGGUUUGUAAUGAAGAUAGGUAGGCGGGGUUCAUUUAGUUUUCCUGUUCACUGUAUUCAGGGUGGUGAAUAUUUCGUAGUGUCAGACUACGGAGAACAUUGUAUCAAAGUAUUUAACAGGGAGGGGCAUUUUCAGUACAAAGUUGGUAAGCAAGGGGAUGGGAACGGGGAGUUGAAUUGUCCAUGGUUUCUGUCAGUGACUCGGUCAAAGCACCUGUUGGUUUGUGAUCGGAACAAUCAUAGAAUACAAGUCUUUGAACUAGAUGGUAAGUUUGUAGGAAAAUUUGGGACACGUGGCAGCAAAUUAGGAGAAUUCAAUUAUCCAUUCUCAGCAGCUGUUCUAAGUAAUGAUCAAAUUGUUACGUGCGACACUCUUGAUAAUCGAAUUCAGAUAUUUCAAUAAAAAUUGUCCUUUUUUCCCGGGGGAAAGGAGAAAGCAAAUCUCUCUUUGACUAAUAUAUGUAUUUCUCAGCUGUACAGCAGUGCUUUUAUUUUAUUGUAGCAAGUGAAGCCACAUUUAGUUCGAGGUGAAACCUUGUGGUGUUAAAUCAAGUUAUGUACAAAACUUACUUGUUAAAAGAAUGAGUCGACUUGGAUAUUCUUUUAAUAAAGUUCUAUAUUCGAUAAAUGAUUUCUUCUUUAAUUCUUACUAACAUUCAUUCUCAACCAAGUUACAGAAAGGUGGCAGUGGUAAGCUUUUUUUGAACAGAAAUACGUGAUUGCUAAAUUAAUAUCUAUUUGUGCUUGAAAAGCUCAUAAAUAUUCAAUAGGCAUAUUCUCGUUGAAGGACAUGAGAAAGUCAUUUUUUCGUAAACUUUUCUUAGAAUAAGAUUGUAAUGGGAAAAAAGUGCCGUGUUUGGACGUCAUAAUGAUCGCCUUUUUCCGGAGAAAUAUACAGUGAAAGACCAUAUUUCUAAUAUUAAGCUAGAAAAAGACGGUCAUUAUUACAUCCAAACACGGCACAAGGAUCUUUUUCCCCAUUACAAUCUUAACCUGAGAAAACUUUAAGAAAAAAUGUCCCGAAAAGCGCCCGAAAAUACAAACGAAAUGUGCUCAUGCCCCCUGGGCAUCCUAUAAUACUCCUUAAAUCGAAUAAAUUCAAUAUGGCCGCCGUAUCGGUAAAAAGGUCUAUUCUGAAGUCUUGGUUGUCAUUUUUUAAACAACACAAUCAAAAAGGGUUUGAAGAUGUUCAAAACACUCGCGGCACCACGUGAUUUAAAGAUUGCAUCGUCUUUUACACUAACGAUUUCUCGCCUUCUUAUUGGUCGAGAGCUAUGAUAUGGUAGAUGAGAAUACAGACCAUGGAAAUGACGUGAUGGUGAAGUAAUCACCCGCGCGAUUUUUGGAGAAAAGAACUGGGGGUCAAAAACUGUUAAUUAAGAAUGGAGAACAAUUUUCCAUGAUCAGAACUCUUAUCGGUCAUAGAUGACGUGAAAAUAUUCGAAACUAAAGUGGAACCAAGAGCGUGGUUUCACUACAAAGUUUUCAACAAUUUGACGUCAUUUCUAAGGUAGAUAACAGUACAUGUAUAUACUAUCGUUGUCGAUCCGUUUUUUACAAUAACAUUAAUUGUUAGUUUUGAGCAGACGUCAAACUAACAGCGUCAUUUAUUGAAUUGCUCCACAUAACAUCGAUUGCCAUGGAAACAAAGGUGCGCAAAAACAGGUGAGUAUGUAAGCAGUGUUGGGGGCACAGGCAAACCAGGGCUGUCGGGAACUGAGAUGGGAGGGGAGACACCUGGGUUCAUUUGGCGGCAUAGGAAACCCUGAUAGUCAGCUCUCUGACCCUUAGGGUUUAUCCUUAGAUAGUACUGGUAAUGUUAUUAUUGCUGAUACAGGUAACAAACUGAUUAAGAUCUUUACCCCGGAUGGUAGGUUUGUAAUGAAGAUAGGUGGGCAGGGUUCUUCUAGUUAGCCUGUUCACUGUGUUCAGUGUGGAGAAUAUUUCGUAGUGUCAGACCACAAUGAACAUUGUAUCAAAGUAUUUAACAGGGAGGGGCAUUUUCAGUACAAGUUUGGUAAGCAGGGGAAGGGAGACGGGGAGUUUAAUUAUCCAUGUUUUCUGUCAGUGACCCAGUCAAAGCACGUGUUGGUUUGUGAUGGGAAUAAUAAUAGAAUACAAGUCUUUGAAAUAGAUAGGAAGUUUGUAGGAAAAUUCGGUACAAAAGGCAGCAAAUUAGGAGAAUUCAAUUAUCCAUUCUCAACAGCUGUUCUAGGUAAUGACCAAAUUGUUGUAUCCGAGUACAACAAUCAUCGAAUUCAGAUAUUUCAAUAAAAAUUGUCUGUUUUUUACUGAGAAAACUAUAUAAUAAGCACAUCCCUCUUUGAUUAAUAAAUGAAUUUGUCAGCUGUACAGCAAUGCUAUAAUGUUGUUGUCGCCAAGUGAAGCCGCAUUUAGUUCGAGGUGAAACUUUGUGGUCUUAAAUCAAGUUCUGUAUAUAACUUAUUCGUUGAAGGAAUGAGUUAGCUGGAAUAUUUUUUAAAUAAAGCUCUGUAUUCGAUAAACGAUUUCUUCUUUAAUUCUUACCAAUAUUCAUUCUCAACCAAGUUACAGAAAGGUGGCAGUGGUAAGCUUUUUUAAAACAGAAAUACGUUAUUGUUAAAUAUCUAUUUGUGCUUCAAAAACUUACAAAUAUUCAAUAGGCAUACUCUCGUGGAAGAACAUGUAAAAUUCAUCUGACGACCGAAAAGUGAGAGGAGGAAUUGGAAUUCAGCAUUUGGGGAGUUGAAUGACUGAAACAAUGGAAUGCUAAUUAGGAUCAACAGGUCAUCAUUUGUAUUUUCAAAUCAAUUAAAAAGUGAAAAAUUCAACGCAAUCCUUACAGAUGCCAGAAUAGAUUUUCAGCCUAUUGAAAAGACCAAAAAAGAGUUAAUUUGAUAGAAGUUACCCAAAUAUGGAGUUUUUCAACCAAGAAAACACCGAAAACAAUACAUUUCGAAAUAUUAAGACUGCUUAGCAAGUGAAGAAUGAGUCAUAUAAGCAGUUCUUACCAGUACGCAAUUACGUAAAAUUUCCAUUGCCCCUCAUGUCGCUUUGGAAUCACUCUCCUUUAGCAACGUACGGUUAUCAACUGUGGAAACAGCCGAGCUUAAACAACAACAACGACAGUGACGGCGACGAGAUCGUUUUUUAUAAAAAAAAGAAAGCAAUUCGCCGCUUGUACAUCUCCCAUAAUACACCUUGUUUGCCCCCCAACAUUUUGCAUAACCUUUGAUUUUCAUUUCUCCUGGGUAUUACAGCCGUCCCAACAGAAAUUGAAAACAAUGCUUAUGCAAAAUUUUGGGGGGCAAAUAAGGUGCAUUUUGGGAGAUGUGCAUGUGACGAAUAGGUUAAGAUUAGCAACACAACAACUCUGCACAUGCACCACGCUAUUUUGUAAAUUUCUUUGCCGUUUUUACACGACUACGACAUGAAAAUGCCUAAUUAAAAUUUCACAUUUAUUGGAGGACGUUAACAAAUGACACCAAUUUUCUUUUUCUUUACCUGUACUUUGAUACAAUCCUUUAGGAUUUAUUAAAUUCCUGCCAGAAAAAUUCGCCAAAAAUUUGACACAGUGAAUGACAUGGAAUAACGGCGAUGAAGUUUGCAACACCGUGAAUUCACGUUUUUGUUGCCGCUUUAGCAUCGACGACGGCGACGGCAGCGAAAACGUCACUUUUAAAAUGAAUUUACGUUUUUUAAAACUUUGCUGCGUUUGUUCCAAUUCGUUGAAAAUGUCAAAUUUAAGCGAAUUUCCCUGCAGUUGAUUUCUUGGGGACCGCACUCAAGUUUAAAAAGAGACACAGAAAUUCAUUGUCUCGUGUUUGUGUCCUUUAUAAGAGUGAAAAUAGGCAUUUUCAUGUCGUAUACUGGGUAUGUAUAAAAAAGUUAAAUCUCAUGGUACUAUCAGUCACAUAGACGGAAGAAAAUCGGCGACAUCGUGAAUUUCAACUAUUAUUCUGAAUUUAUGAUGAAUCCGCGGCAAAUUUAGUCUUCAACUCUUCAAUUUUUGAACUCGUCUUUAUCAACAAUAUUUAUGCGAAGAUUUACACAUGUAAAGUGAAUUGGAACUUCAAAAAUGUGUAUUUAAGUUUCUAUAUUACCAGCUAGCUAAACGUUAUUUUCACAUUUAUUUGAAAUCCUUAUGGACUCUUACCCCUAUUAUCUUUAAUGAUCCACAAGGGUUUGGUCUACUUUUUCAUCCAAGGGUAUUCACUUUUAUGCUUUAUUUUUAAUUUAUUAAAAAGGGGAUUGUUAUGAACUAAUUUACCCUAGCAAAUUCUGCGAAGAUAUGAGUUGAAAACAUUAUCCGUGUAAUGUUAAAAUAUUCAACUCUUCUUUGUUUUUAUUCUUGUUGCUUUUUCAUGACAGGGGAAGGGCGAGGAUUUGAGAUAGCUCAAGGCCGUUUGGGUCCUGGGCGAAUCCACCACUGCAUGCGUUCAAUUGGACUAGCAGAACGAUCACUCGAACUUAUGGUUCAGCGGUCUUUAGAGAGAGUGGCCUUUGGAAAGCGUUUGGCCGAAAAGGUUUGUAGUAGAAGGUUCAAGGUCCUGUUGCACGACUGAAUCUGUUAGCCAAACAUGGCAAUGGGAUCCUACUGGUAGUUAAAACGGGUACGCCGGACGAUAACGUUGAGAAAUUUUGUUGCCAACGAGGGGCUUAGGGACUAGGCAAGGCCAUCAGUAGUAAUACCACUUACCUCAAUAGAUUACACUCGUAUGAUAGUCUGGUCGUGUAUUGCAUUUACUAACACGUUGUAUCACUGAUGUUUCUUUAGGGAAUGGUACAGGAGCAGAUCGCUCUGUCAAGAAUUGAAAUCGAACAGGCCAGACUGCUUGUGCUGAAGGCUGCACACACCAUCGAUUGCCAUGGAAACAAAGCUGCAAGAAAACAGGUGGGUAUGUCAGCAGUAUUGGGAGCACAGGGAAACCAGGGUGUCGGGAAUGUCACACGUGUGUUACCCCUUUAUAGUUCUAGUCUACAGUUUAGUGUGACUUAAGUUAGUGACCAAGCCGAAUUGAUCUUCCUCAGUUGUUGCAACGUGCCCUCUUCGUUGGGGGGUUAAGCAACGACGACGGUUUACAGGGUUUCGUACGGGUCAUGGAAAACCUGGAAAGUCAUGGAAUUGAAGUAUUUCAUUUUCAAGGUCUAGAAAGGCAUGGAGUUUAAUUGUCGGUCCUUGGGAGUCAUGGAAAAUUAAAAUUUUGUUUGAUAGACUAGUUACUGCCGAUGACAAGGCAAGGACAAUAUAAAAUAGAGAGAAGUGAUUGAACAGCGCGAACGCACGCAUUUUGGUGGACACCAGAGUUUGUGUCUGUUGAACUGUUUAAGGUCCAAAAAUACCCUAAAACAAGGAAAGUCCUAAAAAGGUUUGAAAGUGACAGCUAAACCUAAAGUCUUGGAAAAGUUUUAAAACGUCAUGGAAAAAGUCAUGGAAUUUGAAGUGCUCAAAAAAGUACGAACCCUAAGUUUAUAAUUAGAUUGGAAAAACAACAUUUUUGCACGUGCAUCACGCUUUUUUGUACAUUUCUUUGCCGUCACUACACGGCUACAACCGGUGAAAGUGCCUAAUUUCACGUUUUGUCCAGGACGUGAACGAAGACAACGACUUUCUUGUUCUUUUCCUGAACUUUAAUAUAGUGUUUUAGAAUACAACUCCAGAAAUUUUGCCAACAUCUGACGAAUUGAACGAGUUGGAAUAAGCGCGAUAAAAUUUGAAGCAGCGCGAAUUCACGUUUAUAGUGACGCUUUCGUAGACCUCGCCGUACGUCUUUGUCGCGUAAGCUCCCUAAUGUUCUCUAUCUCAACCUGAAGUUUUUCUGGCGGCUCUGUGUGAAAGAAAGUACGGAGCUGUGAACACGAAUGAAACAGCUGAACCUUUUCUUGUAUAUACCUCUUUUUUUGGUAAUUAGGUAGUGUACUGUUAUAGCAAGAUUAGUUUGAUGGCGAAAAUUUCAGUAGUGAUCUGUCUUGCUAUGACAGAUGAUAUUGAAUUUGCUUACCUGGUGAACCUACCAAAUUCCAGCGGAGAAUUGGUUUUGAAAAAGAGUGGCACAAGACUGUUUUACAUCGAUUGAGAACUUCACUGUUUAACUCUUGCAGACUGCUAUGGCAAAGAUCGCAGUUCCUCGCAUGGUUUGUAACGUUAUUGACCGAGCGAUUCAGGUGCAUGGUGGGAAGGGAGUAUCCCAGGAUACACCGCUGGCUUAUUUCUAUACAGGAGCUCGGAGUCUGCGCAUUGCUGAUGGCCCGGAUGAGGUUCACUUGGAGGCAGUGGCUAAACUUGAGCUGAAGGAAGCACUCAAAUCCAAGAUAUAACCUGGCUAUACCAUCCAUCUGGCCAUAGUUAUAAAGGUGAAAAGGUUAUGAAGCCGGUUAAGCUCCUUUGUUAUAUGUUUUCGUUGGCCUUUUUGGACCUGACAGUGCACAACUUUCUAUAACAUUCCUAUCAUUUUGAACUUACUGACCAAUAGAAACAUUGCCUGAAUUUAUUCAGUCAUAAUUUGUGGACAAAAAACAAAAGAAUUGUGCACGGUCGGGGAUCUUCCAACAUAAACUACAGCACCGUUGUUUUCGACUUUGAUGUUUGCCGGCUUUCAUGACCAGUCUCCUCUGCUUACCAUGAUCUGACACAACGAUAAAUCAACUACAUUUAAUCGAAUACUUAAUAAACAUAUGAUCGUAGUCCUCAGUGGGACUGUUGUUGACAGUGACUGACGUUUCGACAACCUGUUCCAUAGAAAUGUUAUUUAAAAAUUCAGUGACGGAUUUAGUAGGGAAGAAAGCAAUGACGUCGAAAUCUCUCGUUUUUCAUCAGUUACAUAGGUUUUAAUAACCACGAUGAUCAAUGUAUCAAGAACAGCACAAAACUUACGGUUUGAUGUACCAAAACAAUGCCUCUGUUCGUGUGCUUUAUACCGGUAUUUUAGCAUAUUUCUCUGCCAUAAUAAAAUGAAUAAUAAAAUUAAAGGUUUUAUGGAGAACGUGGGUUUCGUCUCCUUUGUCUUAACCUGCCCUAAGCUGUUUCAACCAUUGCAGUUGCACAAGUCAAAUUGAGCAUAUGUGGUAAACACAAAGUUUACAUCAAAAAAAAGAAACUUAGCAAGUCUACGUGUCACGUCAAAAUGUUAUGUAAUAGACCAUUUCACAGUUGUGGGUUUAGUAUCCUAGCCUUUGAGUGAACGUGAGGCUGAGGUUGGUCUUGUUUUGAUACAAACCUUCUUUCUUUUCUUAUGAAAAUUAUACUCAAAAACACUAAUUAGCAUAAGAACAACAUGAUUUAUAUAAUGAAGCAGGAAGGGUUGUAUCAAAACAAGGUCAACUCCAGCCUCGUUUAAAAUUUUAACUGUAAAAUGGGCUAUUACGUCACUUUUUCUUGAUGCGAACUUUGAGGACUAUGAACAAAGCUUAGCCAACAAAACAAAGCCAAAGAUGGGCGUUUAUCAAUCCCGCUCGCUGGAAAACAAAGAAGUAUGAAAGUACAAAUACUGCAAAAGUACGAAAGUACAUCUGCUUUGAACUUUUUGAGUUGGUGUAUUUAGGAAUUUAAUUUUUAAGCGUCAUUACACAACCUCCGUAUAAUAUUUCUGAUGCUAAAUAGAAUGACUCUGGGCAAAAACGAAUUACGCUAAAACAUUCCAAGAUAAAGAAAAGAUGAUUGAAAUAUAAACGAAUUUUUAUUCCCGCCGUGAAACGAGGGGACCUGGGCCUAGGUUAUGCUAUGUUGUCAUUUAGCUGUCGCGAUUUGUAACUGAAACAAUUGUGCUGUAUAGCAGGCUCUGUUAGGGACCUGUGACACAAUCAGAUUAUACUAUAGACUUGUACUAAACGCAUGAAAGUAGAAAGCAUGAACAUCUACUAAUGAGGAGAAGUUGUAGUAAUAUAAAUCCGCUUUAAAGCGUUAAGAUUGGUCCGUGGGUUAACUAACAUGAUAAUAUAUAGUACUUUCACACAGGGUUGUUUAGACUGUGUCAAGUCACCCUCUCCCCUCAAACAAAAUUGGAGAGAGAAACGGGAGCGGCAUUACACAGGCUAACAGUUGUUUUGCUUUUAUCUACACCGCAACCGUACUUGGUUUUACAUACUUCAUGCAUAGCUGUGGCUUUCACGCAUUCUUGCUUCACAAAGGACUUAAUCUUGAUCAUUUUACGUCUGGUUUAAGUUUCAAAAUAAUUGACUCUUACAGCAGCGAUCUUUGAUUGGCUCGUCGUCCUUUGUUUCCGAGAAAAGCUAAAGAUAGAAAGUCACAAGACUUCAUUGCUGGGUGUGGAGUGCAUCGAAGGUCACUUCGCCUUUGUUCCUAAAGCCAUCAUGGAUCUAACAAAGCUAUUUCACAAUCUUCGCGAAGAAGUGUCUUGUUCGGUGUGCUCGGACUUAUUUACGGAUCCUAAACAUCUCUCCUGCCUUCACAGUUUCUGCUUAAAGUGCCUCAAUCGAUGGUACGAAACCUGCGGCGGUGGAGAGGCCAUUAAAUGUCCAAAGUGCCAAACCUUAAGCAGAGUCCCUGCGAGCGGUGAUCUGAAAGAUCUUCCAACCAGCUUUUAUUUGAACGGCUUGAUCGAUGUUCUUGCUAUUAAAGAAUGCAAGAAGACUCAAGUGACAUGCGGAAACUGCGACAAGAAGUGCUCGGAAGCUUCGUAUUGUUUCCAGUGUUGCAUAUUUUAUUGCGAGCAUUGCUUAAUAUGUCAUAAUACCAUGCGAGACAAAAAGGAACACCGCGUAUUGGCAGUGAAAGAGUUCCAAGACAAGGACUACGAGGAUGUAUUGAAGCGACCAGUGUUUUGUUCAAAGGAACGACACCAGAAAGAAGAGCUUAAAUACUACUGCAAAGAAUGCGAGACAGCUCUUUGCCAAACUUGCGUCACUUUGAAUCACGGAGGUCAUGAUUUGAGAUUAAUCGAAGAAGAAGCCGAAAACAAAACACUCGAAAUAAAAUCUAUCCUUCAAUCGCAGAGAGAAGGGUUAGAUGCAAAACUAAACGUAAUUGUUCAGCUAGACGAGGACUGUGCUAAAGUGAUUCAACAAAGUGAAAUCGCCAAGAGAGAUGUCCAAAGGUUUGCUGAUGGCUUGAUCAAAACAAUUCAAGCAAAAAUGCAAAAUAUUAUUACCGCUGUGGAAAACCAAACGAAAAAGUCACUCGAAAGUUUAAAAGCAAAAAGAAGUGCGAUUCAGCAACAGAUAAAUGCCACCGAAUCAUCACUGGAGGAAGCUGAUAAACUUUUAAAACGAAGUACCACCGCGGAAGUUGUUCAACUCAAAAAAUCACUACAAACAAUUUUUCAGGGAUUGAAUCAAACCGAGCCUAUUGUUCAUGACCCAAGUAGUCUGCAAACUUUAGUUUUCGUGGAAAAUCAGAAGACGAUUGAUACCGUCAACGGGGAAGAACUUGGUUUCCUGUGCCUGGAAGAAGGUUAUCGAAAAAAACCGAGCGAAUUUUCGGCUGAAGGUGAAGGACUGAAAGAAGGAACUGUUGGGCGUAAAGCUCAAUUUAAUUUGUUCACAAGAAACGCGGAGAGAAAACAGUGGUAUAAUGAACACGACCUUGUAAAGGUAGAGAUCAAGGAUGAACAAGAACGAGAAUGCGUGACCCAAGUGAAAAUAGAUGAUAACAAGAAUGGAAUCUACAAAAUCACUUAUUUUCCCAUAGUUCAGGGGACAUUCAAAUUAUUAGUUCAGGUAAACGGGGAACAUAUUUCUUGUAGUCCUUUUACUGUGAUUUUACAACCAUUUCAAGUCAAACCCGUUUUAUCUUUUGGAAAGGAAGGCUCGGGUGAUGUUAAAAAAUCCUUUGGGGGUGGCAGUGAAUGA